AUGGCUUCGGAUAAUGUUACGAGCGCAACUCCUCGGAUGACUAAAUCUAUCGAGGUCGUACUAUAUAAGCUGCCCAAUGCCAUUUUAAGACAGCAACAAUUUCAAAAGUAUAUACUGAGCCCGAUCUACAAAUACCUUCACAAAUUACUAUUGAUUGGAGAAAAUGGUGGGUACAACAAUGCAGGAGGUCUUCAAAGGGAUCAAAUGGGGAGGUCCUCCUUUCAAAACAAUUUUGCAGACUCCGCAACAACUUUCAAAAUUCUCGCUCAUUUGGAUAAUGAGCGAUACCCAUUACCCAUUGAUGCCGCUAAAGAGCAAUUGCCAUCUUUGUUCGAAGGGUUCAAUGCAACUAUUUCCACUGUCAAACAGAAACUACUACUAGGUGACGUUGGAGAGGAUAUGAGCAGCGAUAAAGAAGAAUAUAUUCUGCCGCGGAAUAUCAACAUUGAUUUCGUAAAUAAAACGUACUCUAGCAAUAACUUAACACAGCUACUCCGGGACGUCGAGGCUAAUGUGGAAAAUUUGUCCGUUCAGAGAACAUCAGGAAUAGAUGAGUUAACCAGAUUAGAUUCUAUGAUCAAUGACUUGAAGUCCAGGAGGACAAAGAUCUUUCAAAAGAUCAAGCAUAUUGACAACAAGUCAAUCGCUUUUGAGGGUGACUUAGCAUUGAUUAAGGAUAGAAUAAAUUUCAUUAAGGAAUACAAUUUGGAAGCUGAAUGCAGAGAGAUUGCACAAAAGAAAUCGGAAGAAGAAACGUUCUCUGAUGCGUCAUUCUCUACAGUAAAUGAAGAACCCAUAUUGCCACCGCAUGAUGAUGAAACCAACGACAAUAGAUUAAAAACUUCCUAUAAGGGGCCCAAUGAGAAACGCCACCUUAGAAACAGGAAAUUGAAUAUUAUUACGGAAACACACGGCCGAAGUUCUCUAGCUUUCAGAAUGACGAUACCUCACGGAGAACAUGGAAACAGCAUAACCGCGCUAGAUUUUGAUAUACCAUGGGGCACCUUGUGUUCAGCGAGCUAUCAAGAUCGCAUAGUAAAAGUUUGGGAUUUGAACCAUGGAGUACAAGUUGGAGAAUUACGUGGACAUCUGGCCACGGUAAACUGUAUGCAGAUGGAUAAGACAAACUACAAUAUACUGAUUACUGGGAGUAAAGAUGCCACUUUGAAAAUGUGGGACUUGAACUUAAGUAAAGAGCUUUAUUUGGACCAUAGUCCGCUGAGGCAAAACAUGGAAGAGACUAUUAUUACACCAUGCAUCCAUAACUUCGAAUUACAUAAUGACGAAAUUACAGCCCUCUCAUUUGAUUCAGAGGCUUUAAUUAGUGGGUCCAAAGACAAGAAAAUCUUUCACUGGGAUUUGGCCACGGGUAAAUGUGUUCAGGAACUAAACCUGAUUUUCACACCUACACAUAACGACACUAAAACAUCUACACGUUCUGGAAAAAAUGGUACAUAUUUACUCGGGACGGAAGCUCCAAUGAUAGGAGCUCUCCAAUGUUACAACUCUGCAUUAGCCACAGGGACAAAAGAUGGUGUCGUGCGGCUAUGGGAUCUAAGAAUCGGCAAACCCGUGAGAUCGCUGGAGGGUCAUACUGAUGGAAUCACAAGUUUGAAGUUCGAUUCUGAAAAAUUAGUUACGGGCUCGAUGGACAACAGUGUAAGAAUCUGGGACUUAAGAACUAGCUCAAUCGUUGACGUCAUCGCAUAUGACCUGCCCGUGACUUCCUUAGAUUUCGAUGAUAAACUGAUUACUGUCGGUGCAAACGAGAGAGGAGUAAAUAUCUUCAAUAUGGAACGUGACGAGCAUUGGAUGACGCCUGAACCGCCGAACUCGCUCAAGAGGGAUGAGCUGAGUGAAAGAAUUGCUAUUGUCAAAUAUAAAAACGGAUUUCUCGUCAACGGGCACAAUAAUGGAGACAUUAACGUUUGGACAAUUUAA